GUCGGUGGGCGGAGAGGGGCGACGCCGCUUCCGCCCGGCGUCAAGAUGGCGGCGCCCUUUGUCUGGUCCGUGUCACGGUGAGCGCUGCGGGCGGUGGUGUGAGGCUCCCACCCGGCCCGGCAUGGCAGAAUCAGUUAGUGGAAAUGAGGACAGACUCCUCUUCGCAGAGACUGAAGGGAUUAGGGCUGCUUUGUUCCCCGAGCUGACACACAAGAAGGGUGAUGACGGAUGGCUGCGUAGAGACUGACUUGAGUACUGGGAAGGGGGAAAACUGUGAAGGAGAGCUGCAUCCAUCUCGCCUGCAGCCUUGGUCCCCUGGAUAUCUCCACUCCUGGCAGCGCAGGGCCAUGGAAUUCCCCCAGCAUAGCAAACAAGUCCUGGAACAGCUGAACCAGCAGCGGCAGCUGGGUUUGCUGUGCGACUGCACCUUCGUGGUGGACGGCAUCAACUUCAAGGCCCACAAAGCCGUGCUGGCGGCGUGCAGCGAGUAUUUCAGGAUGCUUUUCGUCGACCAGAAGGACGUGGUGCACCUCGACAUCAGCAACGCAGCGGGCUUGGGUCAGGUUUUGGAGUUCAUGUACACUGCUAAGCUGAGCCUAAACCCUGACAACGUGGAAGACGUGAUGGCCGUGGCGGGUUUCCUCCAGAUGCAGGAGAUUGUCAGCGCUUGCAACGCUCUCAAGUCCCUCUCCAUGCCAGCAGAAAGCCCCGCCGAGAGCCAGCAGCACCCUGCUGAGAUUGGGACUGACAAGGCAACUGUCGAGGACAAGAAGGUGGCAGAACCACUGGGUGAUCUCGACAAAACAAAACCAGUUCCUCCCGACCUGGAGGGGAAGGAAGAGACGCCAGCUGCCGCAGCAGCAACACAGCCAGAGGUGCAGGCAGAGCAGCUGAGUGGCCAAAAAGAUGCUGCCAUCCAAGAGGGCCCCAAUGCGGAAUUCACCAGCCACUUGCAGCCAGCGGAGAGCGUGGUUGGCGACGGCAGCCCCACGGCGAAGGGCAGUGUCUCUCAGGGCACCGAAACAGGAGAGAUGAAGCUGGAGGGGAAGGAGGAAGAGGGGGAGGUGACAGCAGAGGAGGAAGAGGAAGCUAAAAUCCCUGAGGAAGAGCAACCCCGGUUAGAAAACGGAGAAAACGCUGAAGAUAACGAAUCGGGGAGCACCGACUCUGGACAGGAAAACUCGGGUGAAACCCGUCUGCUGCGUUCGGGUACUUACAGCGACAGGACCGAGACGAAAGCCUACGGCUCCGUCACACACAAGUGUGAGGACUGCGGGAAGGAGUUCACCCACACUGGCAAUUUCAAGCGGCACAUCCGUAUCCACACCGGCGAGAAACCGUUUUCCUGCAGGGAGUGUAACAAAGCUUUCUCCGACCCAGCUGCCUGCAAAGCCCACGAGAAAACGCACAGCCCCUUGAAGCCCUACGGCUGUGAGGAGUGUGGGAAGAGCUACCGGCUCAUCAGCCUGCUGAACCUCCACAAGAAACGGCACACGGGGGAGGCCAAGUACCGCUGCGAUGACUGCGGCAAGCUCUUCACCACCUCCGGCAACCUCAAACGGCACCAGCUGGUCCACAGCGGGGAGAAGCCCUACCAGUGUGACUACUGCGGGCGCUCCUUCUCCGAUCCCACCUCGAAAAUGCGGCACCUGGAGACCCACGACACCAACAAGGAGCACAAGUGUCCCCACUGCGACAAGAAAUUCAACCAGGUGGGGAAUUUGAAGGCUCACUUGAAGAUUCACAUCGCAGAUGGGCCCCUGAAGUGUCGGGAGUGCGGCAAACAGUUCACCACUUCAGGGAACCUGAAACGGCACCUCCGGAUCCACAGCGGGGAGAAACCCUACGUCUGUGUCCACUGCCAGCGCCAAUUCGCCGACCCCGGGGCGCUGCAGCGACAUGUCCGAAUCCACACGGGAGAGAAGCCGUGCCAGUGCUUGAUCUGCGGGAAAGCCUUCACCCAGGCGAGCUCCCUCAUCGCCCACGUGCGCCAGCACACGGGGGAGAAGCCCUACGUCUGUGAACGCUGCGGCAAGAGGUUCGUGCAGUCCAGCCAACUGGCCAACCACAUCCGCCACCACGAUAAUAUCCGACCCCACAAAUGCAGCGUCUGCAACAAAGCUUUCGUCAACGUGGGGGAUCUCUCCAAGCACAUCAUUAUCCACACCGGGGAGAAGCCGUUCCUGUGCGACAAGUGCGGCCGCGGGUUCAACCGGGUGGACAACCUGCGCUCCCACGUGAAGACGGUGCAUCAGGGCAAGGCGGGCAUCAAAAUCCUCGAGCCGGAGGAAGGCGACGAGGUCAACAUCGUCACGGUGGCUUCCGAUGACAUGGUGACGCUGGCCACCGAGGCGCUGGCCGCCACCGCUGUCACGCAGCUCACAGUGGUCCCCGUGGCAGCAGCCGAGAUCACCAAAGCGGUGAAACAAGUACAGGAAGCAGACCCUAACACCCAGAUCCUUUACGCCUGCGAUUCCUGCGGAGAAAAAUUCCUGGACGCCAGCAGCCUGGCGCAGCACGUCCGCAUCCACACGGCUCAGGCCCUCGUCAUGUUCCAGGCCGACACGGACUUUUACCAGCAGUACGGCCCGGCCGGCGCCUGGCAGGCGGAGCAGGUCAUCCCCGCCGGGGAGCUGCUCUUCCGCACCCGCGACGCCCCCCCCGAGCCCACCGCCGCCCCCCUGGCCCCCGCGCCAGGUGCCGGGGAGGGUCAGUCCCCCGCCGAGUGACUUCUCCCCCCUUCCCUCUAUUUAAAAAAA